UGCGUGUUUAUUGUAAUCUGCUCUAACCCCGAGUUGUACAGACUUUUAAAACGUGAAUCGAUAGUAAGAAUCGACUUGCAGGAUAUACGAUAGUUAAUUAACUCGACUAGAAUAAUCGAUUGUACUUACCUCUGUUCCAUCAUUGAGAAUCAAAAUAAAAAUAAUGCAUAAAUUUAUUUUCCGCGAGUGUCACACCACGUAUUACGUACCAAUUAUGAUUGUUCGUUGAACACAGUGCAUACUUGCGUCACAUAUAAAUUAAUCGAAAAUUGGAUGCAUCUAUUUUUCACUUUAUAUAAGAGACGUGCGUGCAGUUUAUAGGUUAUGUACAUAAGAUGUUUUCCCCUAGAAGAAACUUUUGUUUAUUUAUCAUAGCUUUAGUUCAAACAAUAAUUGUCCUUGGAGAAACAGAGUCUGAGAAUAAAACCAUUGAAACGAAUGUAACAGUAAACAAUUCUUCCUUUAAUAAAAUUACAUUUAAUUGUUUGACCGAUACAAUUUAUGGGCCAGUAGAGAUUGGCAAUGCAACCAGCCUAAUGAAAUUAUUGAUCUUAGAACCAGGACCAACAAAUAGAAGUAGAAACGACAAAGAAGGUAAACCCUGGUAUCAGGUACCAGGAACAUGUGUGAUAGUAUUAUUUUAUGCAAGGUGGUGUGUAUUCAGCAGUCAAGCUGCGCCACAUUUUAAUGCAUUACCACGUUUCUUCCCACACAUCAAAGCAGUAGCAAUUGAUGCUAUGAAAUACCAAAUAUUCAAUGCUCAGUAUGGAAUUGUUGGUGUUCCUACCCUGAUGCUAAUUCAUAAUGGGAAACCUGUGGCAAAAUUUAACGACACUGUAUACACAUUGGAAUCUUUUGCAAGAUUUAUAACGUACACGACUAAUUUACAACCGAAUGGAUCCUUGUAUGUCACAUCAUUAGACUUUGCUGGUCCAGUCUCCAGCACACCGUCAAAUGAAACGGAUUAUUGUUUAGUUCUUUCAUGGGUUUUCAUUGCUGCCUGUGCUCUUUAUUUCACAUUGCAGAGCAGAUGGUGGCAACAAUUUGUCGAGUUAGUUCAGAACACGUGGCGUGAAAGUAACGCUCAACAUGAACAUGCUGACUAAAAUAUCAAAAAGAGACUAUACUUGCUGCUUCAUGUACAAAGCAUGAUGUAAAAUACGAACUUAUGGUAUUAAAAGAUUUUUAAGUUACGUGAAGAUACGUGUGGUAAUUGUUAAUUAAAACAAUGUAAAUAUAUCUUAAUAAAUAGAAGGCGUAAAUGUU